UGUUACAUAACUAAAUCAUUCGUAAGAUAUUUAAAUUACUCAAGUUCAAGAUUAUGAAUAACAUGGUGUGAUACCGCAUUAAAUUUCAAUUGUGGCACAACUCACGUUAUGUCCCUGAGCAUUCAACAAACAUAAAUGUUUAUAAACCGCACAUACGUCCAUAUCGUAUUCGUAUUUGAAUUAAUACGCCGAGCAACCUGAUUACGCCAGAUAUUCCACCAGCAGGCGUGUACUGCAACGCGCGUGAGCGUCGGCAAGCCGGUCGAUAAAUUCAAAAAAGCUCUCCAGCUUGGUUAGUCGCAUCCGAAUUCUCUCGCAGUGAGCAAGUAAGCGCAGGCAGAGAGCGAUAGCAAGCAGAAAGGCGAAGGAAGUUGAUUUGGUCCACGCGCAUUGCCAGGGGGAGCGCGCAGUUGGGUGCAACCCGUGCAAGGGGUGCAGUAUCGGUCAAGGGCAGUUCUUCUGUGAUUUAACUCAGGCAGGGCAGGUAGCUUUGUCUGCUUGGAAGCAUAGUUUAUUCCAAACAUUCCAUUUGAUUGAGCGGAAAACAAAAAAACAAGAAAUUAAAGAUGUUUUCGAAGGUUUUAAGAGCUUCGACUGUGACGCGAACAAGAUGCGCUAGUUCAUUGGUACCUGGGGAACCGAAUGGUCCCACUGUGAAAACCGCUGUUCCUGGACCCAAAUCGAAGGCACUGCAUAAAGAAUUAUCUGAUAUUCAACAAGCAAACUCGGUUCAAUUCUUCGCUGAUUAUGACCGCUCUGUGGGUAACUAUAUCGCCGAUGUUGAUGGUAAUGUUCUCCUCGAUGCCUAUUGCCAAAUCUCUUCAAUGCCUUUGGGUUACAAUCACCCUGAAGCCCUCAAAGUGUUCUGCGAUGAACAUAAUCUGAAAAGUUUGGUGAACCGACCUGCGUUGGGUGUUUUCCCUGGUUCUGAUUGGCCGCAAAAACUCAGAGAUGUUUUAUUAUCCGUUUCACCUGGUUUACCAAACGUAACAACAAUGAUGUGUGGAUCUUGUUCGAAUGAAAAUGCCUUCAAGAAUAUCUUCAUUGCAUACAGACGCAAGGAACGCGGCGAAGAUGUAGACUUUAGUGAUGCAGAUUGCUCAUCUUGCAUGGUCAACCAACCACCGGGUGCACCAAAGUUGUCUAUUCUAUCAUUCCACGGCGCUUUUCAUGGCAGGACACUGGGUGCCCUAGCCACUACACAUUCCAAAGCAGUGCAUAAGAUUGACGUGCCAAGUUUUGAUUGGCCCAUCGCACAUUUCCCAUGCUAUCAAUACCCGCUCGAUGAAAAUCAGCGCGAGAACAAAGAGCAGGAUUCGAAGUGCCUCGCUGAGGUUGAAGAACUCAUCGCAAAGUACAAAUCCAUCGCUCCCGUUGCCGGAAUCAUCAUUGAACCGAUCCAGUCGGAGGGCGGUGAUAAUGAAGCAUCUCCCGAAUUCUUCCAGGGCCUACAACGCAUUGCCAAACAAAAUGGCGCCGCGUUGCUCAUAGAUGAAGUGCAAACAGGUGGUGGGCCCACUGGUAAAAUGUGGUGUCAUGAGUAUUUCAAUCUGGAAACACCGCCGGAUGUUGUCACCUUCAGCAAGAAGAUGCAACUUGGUGGAUAUUUCCACAACUAUGACAUGCAACCCCGUCAAGCAUACAGAGUAUUCAAUACAUGGAUGGGUGACCCAGGUAAACUCCUGCUUCUGGAAGCCAUUUUGAAAGUAAUCAAACAGCAAAAUUUAUGA